CUGGCCGGUCACGUCCUGAGUGUUGAGUGUCUAUGAGCCGUUGGCUGCACUGAAACGUUUGGCUCUUUCUCUUAGUAACAGCUUUUUACAUUCUGCCUCAAUUCCUCUCCAGCCUAAUCACUGGCAACUGCCCCCUCCCCCACCUGGUAUCUGCUGGAUUUACCCCCUCCCCCCGUCCUGCUCUCACCAGGGUAAUAACUGCAUAUUACCGGCUGCCUGGCGCUCUAUCGUCUUGGGGAGGGAGCUGCUGAUUUUGCACCAAUCUCCAGGUCUACCGCAGAUCCUGUUCUCGGUGCUGUGUGGUGUCUUAUAGGACUUAUACCCAAUCACUAACCUGACACAUGAUUGGCUGAGAGUGAAAGGGUUGGGAGUGCAUAAAGGAGUAGGAAUCUGCAGCAGACCGACUGGGACUAUGUAGCUUCCAUUGCCUUCUCCAGCCAUUGUCAUUAAUUGGGAAGUUAUCUGUUUUCUCUGGAAAUAACUGCAGUUUGCCGUGACCUCAUGGUUUAAGUGGGAAUAAACAUGAGUAUAAGCAGUGAUGAGGUCAAUUUCCUGGUAUACAGAUACUUGCAAGAAUCGGGAUUUUCACAUUCCGCUUUUACAUUUGGUAUAGAAAGCCAUAUCAGCCAAUCCAAUAUCAAUGGUGCCCUUGUGCCACCUGCUGCUUUAAUCUCCAUUAUUCAGAAAGGAUUGCAGUAUGUGGAAGCAGAAGUUAGCAUUAAUGAGGAUGGCACACUCUUUGAUGGAAGGCCUAUUGAAUCUCUCUCCUUGAUUGAUGCGGUUAUGCCCGAUGUUGUACAAACAAGGCAGCAAGCUUAUAGGGACAAACUUGCACAACAACAAGCUGCAGCAGCUGCCGCCGCCGCAGCGGCGGCUGCUGCUGCAACAGCGAACAACCAACAGCCGUCUACAAAGAAUGGUGAAAAUGCUGCAAAUGGGGAGGAGAAUGGAGGACAUGCACUGGCAAAUAACCACACUGACAUGAUGGAAGUCGAUGGAGAUGUAGAAAUACCAUCCAGCAAGGCAGUAGUUUUACGGGGUCAUGAAUCAGAAGUGUUUAUCUGUGCCUGGAAUCCAGUUAGUGAUCUCCUAGCCUCAGGGUCAGGAGACUCAACGGCCAGGAUAUGGAAUCUUAGUGAAAACAGCACUAGUGGAUCAACACAGCUUGUUCUUAGACACUGUAUACGAGAAGGGGGACAAGAUGUUCCUAGCAACAAGGAUGUAACCUCUUUAGAUUGGAAUAGUGAAGGAACACUUCUAGCUACUGGGUCUUAUGAUGGCUUUGCAAGAAUAUGGACAAAAGAUGGAAACCUUGCAAGCACUUUGGGGCAACAUAAAGGACCCAUAUUUGCAUUAAAAUGGAACAAGAAAGGAAACUUUAUUUUAAGUGCAGGAGUUGACAAGACGACAAUAAUCUGGGAUGCACACACAGGGGAAGCAAAACAGCAGUUUCCUUUCCAUUCUGCACCUGCAUUGGAUGUGGAUUGGCAAAGUAACAAUACUUUUGCUUCGUGUAGCACAGACAUGUGCAUCCAUGUAUGCAAACUGGGACAGGACAGGCCAAUAAAAACAUUCCAGGGACACACAAAUGAAGUGAAUGCAAUAAAGUGGGAUCCCACUGGUAACCUUCUGGCAUCUUGUUCUGAUGACAUGACAUUAAAGAUCUGGAGUAUGAAGCAAGACAGUUGUGUUCAUGACUUACAAGCACACAACAAGGAAAUCUACACCAUCAAAUGGAGCCCCACCGGGCCGGGAACAAACAACCCAAAUGCUAAUUUAAUGUUGGCAAGUGCAUCCUUUGAUUCUACAGUUAGGUUGUGGGAUGUAGACAGAGGAAUCUGCAUUCACACCCUGACUAAACAUCAGGAACCCGUGUACAGUGUAGCCUUUAGUCCGGAUGGCCGGUACCUGGCCAGUGGUUCCUUUGACAAAUGUGUACACAUCUGGAACACACAGACGGGUGCAUUAGUUCACAGCUAUCGGGGAACAGGGGGUAUAUUUGAAGUAUGUUGGAAUGCAGCAGGAGACAAAGUUGGGGCAAGUGCAUCAGAUGGUUCAGUUUGUGUAUUAGACCUACGAAAAUAGCGCUACUGGUUGGAAGCCAUGGACCGACUAUGAAUGUGUACAUAGCCAAAAUGACUGUCCCUGACCCAUGUACUGCUAUAGUCCCAUUUAACCAUGGCCAGUCCACUACAGCCAAACUGAAAUUAAUCCUAUACAUAGAUAUUUAAAAAUAAAAAUUGAAAAACCAAUCCCUGCAAAAUGUUGCACCUCAAAGAGGACAAAGUUUUUGUCACAUCUGGUGAAUUUGUGUGUGCUGGAAACUGCUUUCUUUACAACAUCUGGAAAGGAGGAGGCGGCGGCGAGCAUCGGACAGGCACGCAUAGCGGACUUAAAUGUACCAAAUUUGGAAAAUGGUCAAUAUGCAUUCAACAUGUUUUAUUUUUCCCAUCCUCUGUGUAUUAUUUGUAUUUUUUCUUUUCUAAACAGUUUGCCUAUACAGAGAACACAGGACGUUAAAUCAAGCAAUAGUUUGUUCUGGGCUUUGAAAUGUAAUAUUUCGGGCAUACAAAGAAACAACUGAUGGCUGCAUAAAAUAACCCUUAUUCCUAGCUUUCAUUUUCCUCUCCUUCAGCUUUGUAUACAGUAAUUUAGUUUCUUUGCAGGUAUGGGAUGAUAGGCUUGACUUGGUACAUGCUUCUGAUAAAUGUGUGGCAUAAAAAUGCCCACAACACCUAAAAAGAUAUAACACUUGAUUCAGAGAUGCCAGCUUACAGGUAAAUUUCUUUAUGGUGACGUGGCUGAAUGCUUACUUGGGACAUGAUUCUGCCAAAACCGAAGGGCACAAAUAAAAAAUAAAUAAAAAAAUCAGACAGCGGACACAAUUUGUGUCUUUGUUUCUUAAGACCAUAAAAUCUUUAUGGUUUCUUUGUGCACUAUUGUGAUAGGAGCAAAACACCACCCUUCUCAUUUUCCCUAUUUUUGUAUUUUUUACUUAUCCCACUUUAGUAAAUAAAUGUCAUUUAUUAUGUUUUCUUUAGACCGGGAUCAUUUUAAAGCAAACUAGGAAUACCUGCCUAGACAGUUUUAAUGUUAUGGGAAUCUCCAGAUUCCAGUGUUAAAGGACUCGUGGGCUAAUUUGUCAUAGUAAGAAACAUACCUGUGUAAACUUAUAUCAUUAUCAUAGAAGGAAGAGUGGACAUUUCAGCACAUUUACAUUGACUUUUUUUAGGCCUUUUCAUGCAGUUUUUAGGCUUCUGGCUGGGCAAAUAAUUUACACCAUACAUUGAGUUAAAAACUGUACACAAGCAUCCGUGUUCUUUGCUGCUAUUAAAAUAGUAACACCGCCUGCUUCCCCCUCUCCCCCGUUUAGAUUUUAUAAUGAUUUUCAUAUGUAAAAAUAUAUAUUAGAAAGAAAAAAAAAUUAAAAUAAAAAGGAAAAAAAAAACACCAAUCCUUGCCACCUCUUGACUAUAUAAAAAGCAUAGUUGAGCUAUGUUCCCUGUUUUCAGAAAUGUUCUGGUGGUUGGGCCGUUAACAAUGUUCUAUUGCAUUAUUGUAAAUCGACAGAGCAUGAUUUGUCACAAGCCUUUUAUCUGAAUUUUUUUUUUAUUAAAAAUUUAGAAAAUAUAACCACUUAUGGACCAUAAAAGAUCUGUAUGACUGGAGCAAUUGUAGAGCAAUGUAUUGCAGAGGAUGACAGUCGCUGUGAAUAUGCAGUACCCUCGAUUUCAGAGUUCUCAUAGAUCUAUGGUGCCAUAGUACAGUGUAUAAACCUCUGGCCAUUCAAAUCUUAAUAUCUAACAAAAUGAUUUUGUUUUGCUGAAUUUUUUCUGCAUAUUUGGAAACAUGUAUUAAAAUCUGUGGGAGGUGUGCAUACAAGCAGGUCUGCUUUUCUUUUCUGAACUGCAGUAGAAAGUGUUUUUAUAGGUAACCUAACUUGAAUUACACAGUUAAUAGUAAUAUUAAUGUGCCUUUUUUAAAGGGCAUGUUCUUUCAGUUUGUUUGCUUUCAGGUAACAGGGCAGGAUAGAAGCAGUUAUCCCCCCCCCCCCCCCCACCCCCAAAAAAAAGUGGAAUAAAUAAAUAGAUUGACUGCCAUUCAACUGAACUGCUUGCAAUGAGUUACAUACAAAAUAUAGAAUAUUUCCUGUCUAAAACUUCCAUUUCAUACAUAGAGAUUCUUGGUUAUUAGUUAAGUUUCACACUUUCCAUAUCACUUUUUGUAGCAAAGGUGUUAGAUUCCAGCUGUAAGAACUUCAUACCUAAGUACAAUUUGAAAAGGAAAAAAAAAAUAAAGUAUUAAGCGCUACCUCUAUAUAUAUAUUUAGUAUAUUUUAGCAAGUUUUUCCUUCUAUAUCUAAAUUGUAUUUGAGUGAUAUUUCUUAUUAGGUUAAGCUGAAAUAUAAGUUGAACAGUUUGCUAAAUAUCAUGGUUCUAUUUUUUAACACAAUUUCCAUGCUCUACCACCCUUCUCCCUUAUGUUUGUUAUAAAUCUGAUUCUAUCCAAAUGAAGCUAGAACAUCCUAUUUUAUAUAUUUUGCAUAUUCCGUAUAAUUUGUUUGGCAUCGUAACAGUGACUAAUCUCAAAUUUCUAUAAAAACCCUUAACUUUUCUACACAGUAUUUUUAUUCAGAACCGCCCCCCCCCAUCUCCCCAAAAUGGAAUCUUGCUAACGUCUAUAAAAUUGGUGCAAUAAUGAUAGAGAAGCAAGUGCUCCCAGGAAUAGGCACAAAUGUUUUGACAAUGUUUUAUUGGUGUAGUCUGUUGUCACUCAAAUAUAACCAAGAAGAAACACCAACUUUUUAUUUUUUCAUAUCGCAAAGGCUUUUAAAGUAUACAUGCCUGUGUACAACGGUUUUAUGCCAUCUGGUGUACAACAAUAUAGUCAUGACAAAUGACGACCGUGUGUUUUUAGAAAAAAAAUAUGGAUACUAAAUAGUUCAACUACAUCACAAAUUGAAUAUUGCUUUUAUAUUGGCACUUCAACUGUUUGUGAUAUGAUGACUUGUCUGUAUAUAUUUUUUCUCUACCCCUUUUAACUAGUAUCUAAAGGAGCUUGUGUAGCUCCCUUUGCUUCCGCCCGAUCUGACAUGGAGCAUAGAAAAGACUGCUGUGUGAGUGGCAGGCGGAGCAAAUGCCUAGACAACCGUGCGAUACUUAGCAAUUAUCAUGCACAUGUCCUAUACUUUUUUUUUUUUUUUUUUUUUUUGCUUUUAUGAUACUUGUUGGGUAUCUGUGCAGUGGUGUCUCUCUGUGUCAGUUUGGACAGAACAGAAAGGGGCUGCAGAAACCCCUUUUAAGCCCAUGUUCUGGUUGUUUCCCUUCUACAGUGGUGCUUUUAAUUUUGGCAGUUGUGCGAGUUGGGCACAUAAAAUGGUUUAAGGUUUCAUUGUUUAUGUUGAAGCAUACCAGUUCCCUUGCAGCCAUCAUUGGACACUUAGCUAUACAAAUUAAAAAAAUAUGUACAUUUUAAGGGUGAUGAUGCAAAAGUAUUAUCAUACCGGUGAAAUAGAACCUUGACAUUUCUCUGUAUAUUUGUCAGGAGUUUUUUCUGUUCCUAAACCUGCAAAUCCUUUUGGGUCUAAUCCUAUCGGCAGCACUGGAGGUCACAAGUCUGCAUCAUUUCUUGUGCUAUUCAACUAACAAAUGACAUGAACCAGCCCACUGCAAUUUUUUGUACAUGUUAAAUACUUUUAUUGUUUAGUUUUCAUGAUAACGUUUCUAACAGAUGACUUUGGUGUUCUGUACUGUCCUGGACCAUUUUAAUUACACUUUGAUGUUAUUUGGUUCCACAUCAUAAGUUUUUCCCCGGUCCCCAUCUUGAUUUAACCCUGUUUUGACACCUUUUUUUUUUUGUUCCAUUUACCUUUUGCAUUGUAUUGCUCUGACAAAUGUUAUUUGAAUCAGAUCUGAAAGAGGUCCAGAAUAAAAUAUAUUUUGAUAUUAA